AUGAACUUCGAGUUCCCCCCCCUGAGAUCGAUAUUUGCCGACAUACCGCCCCCAUCGGCGCGUCCUGGGGCCGCCACACCCGCCAGGGGUCCCGGCGAUGUCCCCGGCGGCGCCUCCGCCUCGCCGGCCUUGGGGUUCCAGGUCGGCGCGGCGGCUGCCACCAAGUCCUCAGUCAGUAGCCUGGCCCUGCCGGACAGCCUGUCGGUCCUCCGGCAGCCGGGCAACACUUCGAGCCGGUCGGCAUCGUCGUCGUCUGUUUUCUCGUCAGCCACAUCGAAGGUCCCCCGGGCAGGGACCGAGGACCAGGUCUUCCGGGACAUCUUCCCUGCCGGAUCGCCAGCCGCCCCGGCGGCGGGGGCGGCGGGGGCGGCAGCUCGGCGCCCAAUGCCCGGGACACCGUCCCGAGGCCCUGGGCCCACGGCCUCCUCCUCCGCCUUCUCCCCCGGUGCCGGUGUUGGCGCCGACUCCAUCGAUCUGACCACUCCAGAUCCGCCGCCGACGGCGGCAGCGGCGGCGCGCGGCCCAGCCGGCCCCCCCUCUGCCAUCCCGACAGCGGCGAGCCCCAUGCCGGACGAAAUCUCCAUGCUGCUCAUGGACGAGCUGGAUUACUAUGACGAGAUUGAUGCCUCCUUUUCCCUCCUGGAUGACAACUUCAUUCGUGCUCCGAGCGCCGCCGGUCCAGCAGGGACGCCCGCCUCACCGGCUCCCGGUGCCGGUGCCCGGGCCGGGCCGACGGCCAGCUUUUCCGCCGCGGCGGCCAUCUCGCGACAUCUCUACACAUCCGGGGGCCCGGGGCAGCCGCUGCGCCCGGCUGGCCCGAGCACGCCGGCCACCACCACCACCCCCCGGCGCCCGGCCGCGUCGGGCCUGCCCUCCAGGAUGGAUGGCGAUAGCCCCAUUUGGCAGGAUGCCCUGUCGAGCCCCCCCCGGCAACCGGCGGCCCAGCAUGCCGCCACGUCCACGCCGCGGCGGCCGAACCCCCCUUCAGACUUCCCCUAUCCCUUUGACGAUGAUGAGGACUUCCAAGCGGCCAUGGACUUUGAAGAUGCCUUCGACCUGACCCAGGAGCCGGACUUCGACUUCUUCCCGCCCGACGCGGGCCCCGCCCCGGCAGCCGGGAACCGAGCAGCCCCGGGAAUCGCCGGGCGGCAACUUCCGGCGCCCUCGCCCAUGUCGCCGGCGCCGGCGUGGACGCCCCUCAAGGCGGCUCCCGCCGGAGCAAGUGCCGCGACCCAGUACAACCCCGCUGCCGGGGUGCAUUUCGCCCCGUUGCCGAGUGGCGGCUUCCGGCCGGAAAAUCUCCCCCCUCGUCAGCCGAUGAACCCCCAGCCGCCCUUCUCAUGCUCCUUCUUCGGCCUGAUGGAUGACGACAUGGCGCGCAUGUACGGCUCCAUCUUUUCGCUGGACGCCACGGCGGCCGGCGGGGGUGGCGGGAAUGCGCGCCAGCCGCCGCCGCGCCAGCCGGUCUCCCGGUCCGCCUCGGGCCAGGGCUCGGGCUUCCGUGGCCGGCGUCAGUGGCACUAGCCGCACCGCAUCGGGCUUCCCCUGCCCACAUCGCUCUCCCCUCCGGCGGGCGGGGCCGGGCAGGCGUGGAGCCCGACAAAAUACACACCUUCCUCCA